AUGACAAAUGACAACGGCAAAUCUAAGCUUCUUCUCCAAGCGCCCGAACAAGCCGAGACAAUUGAUGAAAAAGGGUUCGCGUCGAUCGGGGGUAGUCGAGACAUGCGCAAGCACAGAGGUCAAGCUACUGGAUCCAAAAAUGAGAAUAAUCAAAGUGUUUCCAAGAGGAAACUUUCAGAGAUUAAACUGAAAAGAACAGAUACUACACUUGAUCUAAGCCAAUAG